UUCGUUUCUGAGAAGCAACGAGACAUCAUCAUGCCCGAGCCAGCAAAGUCAGCGCCCAAGAAGGGCUCCAAGAAAGCCGUCACCAAGACCGCAGGGAAGGGCGGCAAGAAGCGCAGAAAGUCCAGGAAGGAGAGUUACGCCAUCUACGUGUACAAAGUCCUGAAGCAGGUCCACCCCGACACCGGCAUCUCCUCCAAGGCCAUGGGAAUCAUGAACUCCUUCGUGAACGACAUCUUCGAGCGUAUCGCCGGAGAGUCCUCUCGCCUGGCCCACUACAACAAGCGUUCUACCAUCACCUCCAGGGAGAUCCAGACCGCGGUGCGCCUGCUGCUCCCCGGUGAACUUGCCAAACACGCCGUGUCCGAGGGCACCAAGGCCGUAACCAAGUACACCAGCUCCAAGUAAACAGCGCAUUUGGACUGCUCUACUAACCCAAAGGCUCUUUUAAGAGCCACC